CCAUGGUGACGGGACCGACUUCGGCCCCUCCCACCUGCCCCUCUCCCUGCAGGGUGCACCAUGGCAACCAGACGUCUGCACUGCGGAAGCUGGCCCCCGCAGGUCUCCACGGUUGGGAAACUGGCGGACGCCGCCCCCAUCCCGAGGGACUCAAAAUGUACAGCCAGCGAUUUGGCAUCGUACAGCGGGAGGUUAAGGGCCCCACUCCCAAAGUGGUGAUCGUGAGAGCCAAGCCUCCCAAAGUUCAAGGGGCUGAGCAACAUCUGGAAAGAAUCCAACACAGCCAUCAGAAACAUCAUGCUAUUUUGGCUUCCAUUAAGUCAAAGGAGCGAGAUCGCUUGAAAGUUGACUGGGACCAGCACAAUGAUCGCAAGUUUGUGGACAGUCUUGUGAAAGCAAGAAUCAAGGAUGCCAUGCAAGGUUUUAUUAUCAACACUGAAGAAAGACGAAAUAAGCUACGUGAACUUUUAGCAUCAGAAGAAAGUGGGUAUUUUACUGAAAUGCAGUUGAAAGAAGAAACAAUUGAGGAGAAAAAAGAUAAAAUGAGAGAUAAAAUAAGAUUAUUGAAAGAGAAGAAAGAAAAGGAGAGACAGGAUCUUGUGGCUGAAAAACUAGACCAGCAAUUCAGGGAACACUGUGAGGAGCUCCGAACCAAAUUGUUUUGUAUCCAUCAGAAGAAGGUGUGCGAGGAGCGGAAAGCACAGAUAGCUUUUAAUGAAGAGCUGAAAAGGCAGAAACUAGUGGAAGAGGAGAUGUUCUCAAAGCUCUGGGAGGAAGACCGAUUAGCCAAGGAAAAGCGAGAAGUGGAAGAAGCGAGGAGGCAGAAAGAGCUAGUGGAGAAUACACGCCUGGGGCUGAAUGCCCAGAUCACCAACAUUAGAGCACAAAGGCAGGCUGAGCAGCAGCUGAAGGAGGAGGAGGCGCGCUUUGUGGAAAAUGACAAAGCACAGGUGAAACUUGAGAAUGAACAGGCUAAGCUAAAGAAACAGAAGACAAAACAGGAAAUUAGGGCUGCUUUGCAAAAAGCCCUCCUGGAAAAGAUAGAGUAUAUUCAGCAGGAAUACAGAGAAGAGCAGGACUUGAACAUGAAGCUUGUGCAAAAGGCCCUUCAAGACUUACAGGAAGAGACUGAUAAAAAGAAGCAAAAAAGAGAAGAGAUGGCAAGAGAACAGGAGAUAUAUCGUCAGUAUGUGGUGCAGUGGCGUGAAGAGGAGCGAGCUCAGGAGAAAGAACGGGACAGAAUAUUAGAGACAGAGAAGGAAAAGAAGUUGGCUGAGAAGGACAAGGAGCUGAGACUUGAAAAGGAGGCAAGGAGACAACUUGUGAAUGAGGUCAUGUGCACAAGAAAACUUCAAAUUCAGGAAAAAUUGCAACGAAAGGCAAAAGAACAGGAGGAGCGUGCUAUGGAACAGGAACGCAUAAAUGAAGGUCUUAUAGAGCUUAACUGUGUAGAGAAGGAGAAUUUUGCAAGGCGCUCCAGUUUGGCCCAGGAGUAUAGGAAGCAACUUCAGAUGCAAAUGUCCUACCAGCAGCAGGCCCGGGAAGCACAGAAGGAAGAGGAACGCAGAGAGUUUGAAGCAGGGGUAGCAGCAAACAAGAUUUGCCAGGACAAGAUCCGGGAGAUCCUGUCCUUCCAUCAUGUGCUGCCCCGAAACAUUCAUCCCAUGCGGAGGGCAUGCCCCGAAAAGCUUCCACCGUAGUUUCAUCAAUGUUAAUGUAUUUUUUCUCAGUCUUUUAAUGUUUUUAACUACAGCAUUCUGGUCUGUUCCUUCCUUCCUUUCUUUCUUUUUUUUUUUUUUUUUGUCUGUUCCUUUCAACUCAUGGAUCAACCUCCUUUAUUUCUGAGUUUGUAUAAUUCUAUGUAACGUUGUUCCUUCAAAUUAA